UCUAAAUAUAGUACAUGAACGCAAACGUUCCCAAAAUGGUAAUCAGGAAACAAGUGGAAAAUAUUAUAUACCAAGUGGUUCCGAAAUAUCUAUACGAAGAUGUGAUUUGUCAAAUGCAACGUGGUUUAAAGGAUGAGCCGUUAAAUACUUCCGUAGGAUAUUGCGACACAGAAAUUUUGGAAAAAAAAAUGUCUGCCACCCUGUACGAGGGAUACUCUAUAAUGGCAUUGGAUACAGACAACGGAGAGAUAGCUGGGGUGGUUCUAAACGGAAUAGAAAAAAAGGAAGACGUUGAAACAGCUUUAGACAAGUUUAAACACGUGGAAAAUGAAAAAUAUCAAAAAAUAUUUAAAUUAAUUUAUGAGGUAAAUGAAUCGUUGGACAUUCAUUCAAAAUACAACUUAAAUACAAUUUUUAAAAUUAAUUUUAUAUGCGUAAAUCCUAAAUACAGAAGAAGAGGACUUGUAAAAGAAUUAUUGAAUAGGUGCGAGUUAUUGGCAAUUGAAAAAGGAUUUAAGCUCAUGAAAUUGGAUUGCACCAGUAAUUUUGUUCACAAAGUCGCUGAACUCAACGCAUUUGCUUCGGCAAAAACAGUAAGAUAUGGAGAUUUCACCGAUGGCAAUGGAAAACAAAUCUAUGAUUUUAAAAUGCCCCAUGAUUCUUUUACGGUUAUGAUUAAACUUUUGGACGAAAAAGCCAGUUAUCAAUGUGCUUUGCAAUAAAUAAU